AUGCUGCGCUGCGGAGGGCGUGGGCUGCUGCUGCUGGCGGUGGCGGUGGCGGCGGCGGCCGUGCUGGCGGCGCGGCUGCUCGGCUGGUGGCGUCCCCGCGCGGACACCCGCCUCUUCGUGCCCACCGAGCUGGCGCACUACCGCGGCGGCCCCGAGGACCCGGGGCUGUACCUGGCGCUGCUCGGCCGCGUCUACGACGUGUCCUCGGGCCGGAGGAACUACGAGCCCGGCGCCCACUACAGUGGCUUCGCAGGACGAGAUGCAUCUAGAGCAUUUGUGACUGGGGACUACUCUGAAACAGGCCUCGUGGAUGAUAUUUCUGACCUGUCACUUUCUGAAAUGCUGACACUACAAAAUUGGCUUUCAUUUUAUGAGAAGAAAUAUGAUUUUGUUGGAAAGGUGAUAGGAAGGUUCUACGGCGAGGAUGGGCUCCCUACCUCAGAACUGAUCAAGGUAGAAGCUAUGAUCACCAGAGGCCUAGAGGCCAAUAAACAGGAACAGAAAGAAAAGAAGACAUUUCCACCAUGCAAUAGUGAGUGGAGUUCAGCCAAGGGCAGCCGAUUCUGGUGUUCCCCAAACAGUGGAGGUGUGAAAAGAGACUGGACUGGUGUCCCCAGGAAGAUGUACAAGCCAGGCUUCAUGGAGUCCCACUGUGUGUGUGUAAGAACAACUGGUCCUCCUAGCAACUGGAAUCCAGACAAUAUUGCACACAGUAAUCGUGGGGAUUUGAACCACCCCAACUUGAGGGAAUAUACAGGCUGCCCCCCUGAUGCAGAUACAUGCUUCUUACCUCUAAAUGCUGAUAAUACAGAGAACCCUGCCUAACAUCUCAGAAGGCCCUUGAAUCAUGCCUGCGAUGGCUCCGACUUGAAAUGUGCCUGUGAUGGCUUCCGACUUGAAACAAAGGAGACCAAAAAGAUUCUGACCAUACUCUGCAGAUGUAACUCCUCCAGUCUCUUACUAUUCUGGCAACUGAGGCCAGACCUCUGGUACUAGUCAGCUGCUUUAGUCGCUGUUCCCCUGAUCUUCCAGUUAUUCCUCUCCAGAGGCAUCAGAUUUUAAUGGUAACAAAUAUGACUAAUUUAAAACUAAUAGGCCAAAAGAAGAUAAAGGUGCUUCCUGCCCAGAUAAAGUCUGGGCCCUGCCUGUAACUCCAAGACUCGUCAGUGCACCAUAGGUGUUGACCAAAGGGGGUUCUCCUUCCCUUAUAUCUCACAGCCAGAAACAGCUUUUUAAAAUAAAGUUAAGUAAAGUGUCAACUUUUAA